AAGGAAAUUCGGUUUGGCUAUGAUCCUGAGGAAUUUCCUAGCUUCAGUUGGAGAGGAUAUGCCCGGAUGUCUGCUAUACAACCAGAGGUGGUUGUGACUGUCACUGUGGCUUCCCCUAAGCUCUUCCACCUAGUCCUCCGCUAUGUCAACCUGGGUUCAAAAAGCUCUAAAGGAAAGAUUUCAGUUGCUGAGGGAAAACAUUUUGGGACUAAUUAUACUUAACGAAGUGAGGAUAACUUUGAAUGUGGAAAAAUCAAAUCUCUACUUAUUUCGCAUUAUCCUGAGAUAUAUUAACCCUGGAGGGGAAUCAUUAUCUGGCCGCAUAUCUGCUUGUCAAACUCGGCCUGAAACAGGUGCUGCUCAGAGCAAAGAGUUUGUUUUCCCACCCAGCAAGGAGCCAGCUUUUGUCACGAUCCCAGGAAAAAACUCCACAGAAUCUUUCUCACUGGUUUCAGGCACAUGGACUGUCAAUAUAAUAGCAGAAGACGUCCUCUUGGAUUACAUGGUGCUGUUACCUAGAGAUUAUUAUGAAGCAUCCAUCUUGAAGAUCCAAGUUACAGAGCCUUGCACCUAUUUGGGACAUGUUUCAACAGAGAACUGCUUGCUCUAUCAGCAUUUGCCAUUGGGCAAAUUUUCCUGCAUCCUUGCUUCAGAGGCAGAAUAUUUCAGGCAUGAUGGAAAACAUGGAAUACCUGUCCGACAGCCAACUCCUGAUCAACCAGCGAUGUCACAUAUCAGUGGAAGAGAGGUCAAUUUACAGAUGACCAUAAAUGUUCCUCAAGUUGGUCGCUACGUUCUUGUUUUUGAAUACACCAAUGAAGAUGAUGAGUUAUACACUGCUGAGGUAGCAGUAAGUAGUCCUGGACCUAUCACAGAAGGCAGAGUGAGAAUAUACAGUUGCAAAUACAGUUUCCUUUGUCGUAGUGCUGUUGUUGAUGAUAGGAAUCGCAUUGCAGCUUAUGACCUUCUAGCAGAUACAAAGAUACAUCUUAAGGCAUCAUCAAUUAAUUUUCUUCUGCACAAGGUUUGUAUUAUAUCAGCUGAAGAAUUUUCAUUAGAAUAUGUGAAUCCUAAAGUGCACUGCAUAGCUGUUUAUAGGAGCACUCAUGACAGAAGUGUAACAUGCAUUCCCUCAGUGUAUGAAACUCCACCAGCAACUUUGAUUUUGGAUGCAUUUGGGGAUGGGAAAAUCUCUGAAGUACAAAGAAAUAUAUUUCAUCAUCCACUGAGUGCCCCUUUACCUUCUGACAAAGUUGAUGGAGUCACCUUGACAUCAUUACAGAACCAGGUAACCAUGACUGGCAGAGUACCCCACUUGGGCAAAUAUGUAUUUGUGGCACAUUUUUAUCAGCCAGCACAUCCAACGUUCCCUGUACGCGUGCAUGUGAAUGCAGGACACGUGUGGUCAGGUUCCUUUAAUGCUUCAUUCUGCCCUCAUUCUUCUGGCUGUCGGGAUCAGGUGAUUGCAGAAAACCAAAUUGAGCUUGACAUUUCUGAACCUGAAGUCUCUGUUACAGUGAUAAUACCUGACAGAAGAAUGCUGGUUUUGGAAAGUGUCUUAGUUGUUCCAGCAGACAACUACAGUCACAGAAUUCUUGACAAAAAAACCAUGGACAAGUCAUUUGAUUUUAUCACCCAGUGCGGAGGAAACAGUUUCCACAUCGACCCAGAAAGGUCAUCAGCCUUUUGUAAGGAUUCUGUAAGAUCACUCGUGGCGUUCUACAACGAUGGAGCAGUGCCAUGUAAUUGCCAUAGCGAAGGUUCCAUGAGCCCCACCUGCAGCCCUCUGGGAGGACAGUGUAUUUGCAGACCUAACGUCAUCGGGCGUCAGUGCAGCAGAUGCCAGACUGGCUACUAUGGAUUUCCAUUCUGCAAGUUAUGCAACUGUGGGCAGCGCCUUUGUGAUGACUUAACUGGCAAAUGCAUUUGCCCUCCUCGAACUGUGAAACCAAAAUGUGAAGUGUGCGAGAAACAUUACUUUGGCUAUCACCCUCUUGCUGGCUGUGAGAGCUGCAAUUGUUCAGAAAGAGGAAUUGUUAAUGCAGCAAGACCAGAAUGUGAAAAAAACAAGGGGCAAUGCAAAUGCAAACCAGGAAUAAGAGGACGGCAGUGUGAUCAGUGUGUUCCAGGUACUUACGGUUUCCCAAACUGCAUACCAUGUAAUUGUAACAGAGAUGGAACGGAACCAGAUGUUUGUGAUCCUCGAACAGGAGUUUGUCUCUGCAAGGAGAAUGUUGAAGGUGCAGAAUGUGAUAUUUGCCGACCUGGAUCAUUUUAUCUGGACCCUUCUAAUCCCAGGGGAUGCACCACUUGUUUUUGUUUUGGAGUAACAAGCAGCUGUCGCAGCACAAAUCGCCGUCGAACCAAGUUUGUGGACAUGAGAAACUGGCGCUUGGAGGCAAUGGAUGAAAAUACUGACAUUCCUGUCACUUUCAAUCCAGUCAGUAAUAGUGUGGUGGCUGAUGUUCAAGAAUUGCCUGCUUCAGUGCGUAGUUUGUACUGGAAAGCACCACCAUCUUACCUGGGAGAGAAGCUUUCUUCGUAUGGUGGCUUCCUAAGUUACCAAGUGAAAUCUUUUGGGUUACCUAGUGAAGGCAUGGUUCUUCUGGAUAAGAGACCUGAAAUAAAACUAACAGGCCAGCAAAUGAAGAUUGUUUAUGUGGAUCCUAGCAACCCUCUGCCUGACCGUCAGUAUUAUGGCCGUGUGCAGUUAGUUGAGGGAAACUUCAGACAUGCCAGCAGCAAUAACCUUGUAUCCAGAGAAGAACUGAUGAUAAUCCUGUCUAGACUGGAUGCCUUACACAUCAGAGGCCUUUACUUCACUGAGACUCAGCGGUUAACCCUUGGUGAGGUUGGGCUGGAGGGAACGACCAGCACAGGAAGUGGCAGCAUUGCAUACAAUGUAGAAACAUGCUCCUGCCCUCCAGAGUACACCGGUGACUCAUGUCAGGAAUGUGGCCUUGGAUUUUAUCGUGAGAAUAAAGGAUUAUUUACUGGACGCUGUGUCCCCUGCAACUGCAACGGAAAUUCAAAUAGGUGCCACGAUGGUACUGGGAAAUGUAUUAACUGCCAGUAUAAUACCGCUGGGGAAAAAUGUGAGCUCUGUAAAGAUGGUUAUUUUGGAGAUGCCACUCAAGGUUCCUGUCGGAUAUGUCCUUGCCCUUAUACAAACAGGUUUGCAACUGGCUGUGUGGCAAAUGGUGAAGAAAUUCAGUGUCUCUGCAAAGAAGGCUAUACUGGAGUUCGUUGUGAACGCUGUGCUCCAGGAUAUUUUGGAAAUCCUCAAAAAUAUGGAGGCUACUGUCAGAAAUGUAAUUGUAACAAUAAUGGACAGCUGGCUAGCUGCGACUACCUGACUGGAGAAUGUUUCAAUAAUGAACCAAAAGAUGUGGAUCCUAAUGAAGACUGUGACUCUUGCGAUAGCUGUGUAAUUACAUUGCUGAAGGAUUUGAGCACAAUAAGUGAUGAACUUCAGCUGAUUAAGUCCCAACUGCAAAAUGUCCAUGCUGAUGCCAGCACACUAGAGCAGAUGAGACAAUUGGAAAUACGCAUCAAAGACUUAAAGGUCUUACUGAACAAUUACCGUUCUGUUUUACAUAACCAGGGCUCAAAGGCAGAUGAAUUGGAGAAAGAAUUCAGUAAGCUAAAUCAUGAUGUAAAUACUCUCCAGGAAAAGGCUGAAAUGAACUAUAAAGCAGCUGAGAUACUCUUAAAUAAUUUUGGACAAACUCAUCAAAAAGGAAAGGAUUUGGUUUCAAGAAUACAAAUAGUUGUGAAUAAUAUACAAGUGCUUUUGGAACAAAUAGCUGGUACGAACUCAGAAGGUAACAAUUUGCCCUCGGGUGAUGCUGCCAAAGAACUGGCUGAAGCUCAAAGAAUGAUGAGAGAGAUGCGAAAUCGCAACUUUGGCCAACUGCAAACAGAUGCAGAGAAGGAGAGAACAGAAGCUCGGCUGUUACUGGCACAUGUUAAGAAUGAACUGCAGAAGUACCACCAAGAAAAUCAUGGACUUGUUAAAAUUAUGAGGGAUUCAUUGAAUGAAUAUGAAUCCAAACUUAAUGAUCUUCGUGAAGCUCUGAAUGAAGCAACAGGACAAACCAAACAAGCUGAGAACUUAAACAGAGAAAAUGGAGUUCUAUUGGAAGACAUUAAGAAACGAAUUGAUGAGACAAACAUACAACAGAACAGCAUCUUGGAUAUUUUGAGCUCUGCCCAAACUUCCCUGACACAAGCUAACAGUAUGCUUGGAUUACUGCUGAAGAGCAAAGAGGAAUAUGAAAGCCUGUCUGCUCAGCUUGAUGGAGCAAGGAAGGAUAUGAAUGGAAAGCUCACAAAUAGCUCCUUAUCAGCAAGCAAAGAGCCUUUGGUGGUGAGGGCUGAGGAACAUGCCAAAUCUUUGCAAGACUUGGCAAAACAACUGGAAGAAAUAAAGAACAAUGCUAGGAAGGAUGAGCUGGUAGGCUGUGCUGUGGAAGCUUCUACUGCAUAUGACAAUAUUAUUAAUGCCAUCAAAGCUGCAGAGGAAGCAGCCAACAAAGCUGGGAGUGCAGCUGACUCAGCUUUAUCAACUGUGAAGAGAGAAGACCUAUCAGGAAAAGCUGCAAAGUUGAAAGCUGAGAGCAGUACGCUCUUGAAUCAAGCACAGGAUACUGAAAGGACAUUGAAAGCUAUUGGUCCAACCCUCGAAGACAUAAAGCAAAGACUUGGAGUCACUGAUGGAAAGAAGAACACACUACAGAUUGAUCUUGUUACUCUUCAAAAUAAUCUCAAUAGGAUAAACAAAGAUGACAUUGACAACAUCAUCACCAGUGCAAAGAACAUGGUAAAAAGUGCCAAGGACGUGACAACUAAUGUACUGGAUGAACUGCUCCCAAUUCAGGAAGAUGUGGAAAAAAUGAAGGGUACCUAUGGAAGCACACAGAGUGCUGGCUUCAGUAAAGCAUUGACAGAAGCAAACAAUUCAGUAAAAAAACUGACAAACCAACUUCCAGAUCUGUUCAGCAAGAUUGAGAGUAUCAACCAACAGCUAAUGCCAAUAAGCAAUAUCUCUGAGAAUGUAAACCGCAUAAGAGAGCUGAUUCAGCAGGCAAGAGAUGCUGCAAAUAAGGUUGCUAUUCCUAUGAGGUUCAAUGGCAGCUCUGGUGUAGAGGUUCGACCUCCAAGCAACCUUGAAGAUUUGAAAGCCUAUACUUCACUUACUUUUUUUCUCCAAAGACCUCAGGAAAGAUUAGGUGUCCCCCAGAGGGCAUCAAAUAAGUUUGUAUUGUACCUGGGCAAUAAAGAUGCUUCUAAGGGGUAUAUUGGUAUGGCAGUAAAGGAUGGUCAUCUCACUUGUGUCUAUAACCUGGGAGAUCGUGAAGCAGAAGUUGUUGUGGAACCUCUUGUGAUGGAAAGUGACACUGAGGAAGCCAUUAUGGAUCAAGUUAAGCUUGAAAGAAUUUACCAGUACGUGAAGCUGAAUUACAUCAAAGCAGCAACAUCAACUUCUCCAGUGUUUGAAAAGCCUUUGACUGCAAAUAGUGGAGAUGGAAACACUCUCCUAAAUCUUGAUCCAAGCACUGUUGUCUUCUAUGUUGGAGGAUACCCAGCGGAUUUUAGGCCUCCACGUAAGCUAGACUAUCCUCAUUAUGAAGGCUGCAUUGAAUUGGACAACUUAAAUGAGAAUGUUAUCAGUCUUUACAACUUCAAGAGGACAUUUAAUCUCAAUACCACUGAAGUGCAACCCUGCAGAAGGUAUAAAGAAGAGUCUGACCAAAGCUAUUUUGAAGGCACAGGUUAUGCCAGCGUCACAUCUAAAGAAACAAAUGUAAAUGUACCAAUACGCUACGAGCAGACAAUUCAGACUACUGCAGAUGAAGGCAUAGUGUUUUUUGCAGCAAAUGAGGAUCAAUACAUCAGUGUCCUUAUUAAAAAUGGCCAUCCGGUUUUUAGAUACAAAAUUGACUCUGAGCUUCCAAAAGAAAUAGAAAACAAUGUGACUUUAAAUGAUGGGAUGUAUAAACAAAUUAGAAUAUUGAUUGCCCGAAAUAAGAAUAUUGUUCAUGUCAGCUCUGAUAUUACAGCCAACAUUAAAGUCUUUGAUUUCACUAAAUAUUAUCUCGGUGGAAUUCCAUCUUCUCUACGGAAACGCUUUGAUAUAACCGUACCUCCGUUCCGAGGCUGUAUGAAGAAUGUGAAAAACCCAAAGACUGCAUCUGUUGUUUUUGAUGAGACUGUUGGUGUCAGCAAAAAAUGUUCAGAUGACUGGAAGCUUGUCAGAUCUGCAGCUUUUUCCAAGAAGGGCACACUGAGCCUGAGUGCGGCGAGUUUCCCAUUUCCCAGAGAUUUCCAAGUUGGCUUUGGCUUUCGAACAAUGACAUCGACUGGAACACUCUUAAGUUACAAUCUAUGGCCUAAUAUUCUUACUAUCUAUCUGAGCCCUGGCUUUGUAAAUGCAAAGAUAGGAGAGAAUGAAAUGAAAGUGAAGAAGGAGUAUGAAGAUGGGUCAAUGCAUUAUGUGACAGUAACAAGAAAAGCUGACAUAGUAAAACUGCUGGUUGAUGAUGAUCUUGAUUCAAAAUCAUUUGACUUUCUGAAGUCACAGACGUUCAUUCAACCUAUAAGAUUUGGUGGAGAUGAUUUUGAAGGUUGCAUCUCAAAUGUUUUUAUAGAAAGGACAGGUCAGCUCCCUGAGGUUCAAAAUCUCAUGAAUUUUACUGCAAAGACUGAUGUAUCCCUUGGAGCUUGCCACCAGUAUGAGAACCUUGAACCAAUGCUGCUGAAAGAAUUCAAAAAUCCACUCAGGUUUAAGAUGCUCAAGGAUGAAAAAUACUUUGAUCGUUUGAUGUAUCCUAAUGUACAGCAUGACCAGCAAAACUAUACUUUAUUAACUCAGUUAAAUGUCAACAGUGAGGCAUAUCUCCUUGGAAACACCCCCAACAGUUUUAUAUCCUACAUGUUUUCUUCAUCUGCACCUAUGGACAGGUUACAUUUUUCUGUGGAUAUACGAACUCGAUCAUCAAGAGGAUUAAUAAUUUUUAUGGAAGGAAAGUCUGAGAACUCUUACACAGCUCUCCACAUUUCAAAAGGACGUUUUGUCUUUUCGCUUGGUUCUGGAAGAAGACGAAUCAAAAUCAAAACUAGUGUUAAAUACAAUGAUGGACAAUGGCAUACUGUGGUAUGUGGCAGAGAUGGGGAGAAUGUCCUCCUGGUUGUUGAUGGUCUGAGGGCUCAGCAUGGAAGAUUAGGAAGAUUAGCAAGAGAUUCCACCGCUGACAUUAAGCCACCAGUCUACCUGGGAGGGCCACCAUUGCUGAAAAGACAGAAUAUACCAAUGAAGAGUUUCAAGGGUUGCCUGAGGAAUUUUAAAAUGAAUGGAAAAGUCAUGAACGCACCUCAGCAAAAAAAGGAUGUGCUUCCCUGCCUGGAUGCUCCCAUGGAGAUGGGGAUUCAUUUCUUUAAGGAAGGAGGAUACGUUGCUGUUGGUAAUUUGCAAAUGAGCUUAGAUUUUAGGAUUGUAUUUGCCAUUCGUCCAGGGAGUUCAACAGGUGUACUCCUCCAUUCUGGAACCAAGCCAGGCAAUUACUUGACUAUUUACAUGAAAGAAGGAAAGGUCAUUGCUGCUGGAAGUGGUAGAGCUGGAGAAUUCCAGACAUCAGUCACACCUCAGCAAUCUCUGACUAAUGGACAGUGGCAUACAAUCACAGUCUCUCAGAAGGUGAACACUGUGCAGCUAGAAGUAGGCACAGAGAGUAACUACACCAUUGGACAUCCACCUUUCUCUCCUGAAUAUGUGCAUCAGCCUCUCUACUUCGGCAAAAUUCCAGCAAACUUGGACUCACAAUGGCUUCCAGUCAAAGAUCCGUUUUUCGGCUGUCUUCGGAAUAUUAGCAUCAAUGGCAAGCUUGUCUCCACCAAGAGAAUUUCAGAGGUUCAUGGGGCUGUGAGUUUGCGUGGGUGCCCGGCCAUGUAACUUUGCUUGUACACUCAUCAGGUUGGGUCUGCUGAAGUACUGUGUGAAUUUAUAUCUUGUGGGUUCCCCUUUUGCUGCUUGCUGUGUCACGGAGUAGUUGGUAAGAAAAUGAAUCCUUUGGAUGUGGAUUGCGCCAAAGCAAGUUUGAAGUAUCGGCUUUAAUUAACUCCCUAUUAAAUGUCAUUGAUUUCCGGGGUAAUCCAUUGUGCCUUUGGAAACACAUGCAGAAAAAGGAAUUGUAUAUACCUUGCUGGGUCAAAUUCUGCUCUCACCCACAACAGCAUAUAGUUGUGUGGAAUUCCAGUGUCUUAAUUUCAGGAAUUUGCCUUAAUGCUAAUCUUGAGAGCAAAUAUGAUCCACCGAUGUAAAGAAAUUUAUAAAAAUAUAAGUCUCUUUGGAUUGAUGAACAGAAUUUUUAUACAGAAAUGUACAUUAAUGUUAAAAAUAAUAAUAUAAAUGGAGUUUGAAGCACUUUAAGGAGUGAAACUCGGAGUUUGUUGAAAUACUAGAAAUUCUGGAACCAAAUAAAAGCAGUAUGUUCUUAAGGCCA